AAAAUUAUAAAAAUGUAUUCUGCAGAGUGACAUUUAUGAUUUUUUCAAGGGGUCAAAUUUUAUAUUUGUACAAAUAGAUCUUAAAAAUUGAAUAAUGUUCAGGACUAUUGACACUACAUCAUUCAAAAUAUUCAGGGCAUUAAAGUGGUAUUUUAUUUGAGAAUGGCCCAAAAAGAUUUUAAAAUAUCAAUAUUAUUGAGCAGAAUAAAAGUUCAGUCAAUUGUGAACAAAUUUGAACAUGUUAACCUAAAAAAAAAGGAUUAUAUUUGUGAACAAAGGUUUGUCGAAUUGUUAUAAAAAGCAGGUAAUAAUAAAACAACAUAUGGUCAGAUGAAAAUUUUUGAAGUAAACAGGCUAAAAAAUUAUGAUAUGGAAAAUUGGUGAGACAUGAAAAUUGUAAACAAAUUGUUUACCAAUAAUUAAAAUGGGGAUUGAUUGGAUUGUGAUUACCAAGCAUAGAAAAAAUUUUACAAGCCAUCAUCUUAAGAAAAAGUGCAACUAAUUCAAAAUGCUCGAAAUACGAAGAAACUUCGGAGUCUUACUUUAUAUUGUCAAACGAUCUAUAGCAGAUUACUCUACCAAAGGAGAUAAACAUUAUGAAUUUUGCAUAAGACAUAUAAAAACAGACCUGAAUAAUCACUCUUAUAUUGUAAAACAAACUACAGGUAUUCCGAGAGAAAUAAGAAAUGUAAGCCCAAUUAGCUAUAGAAAUUCACCUUAUACUAUCGGACCACAAGCUUCUUACAACUCAUUUCUUCCAUCUACAAAACAUUCAAAGUUUAAAAUCACUUAUGACUCAGGGAAUAGUUUUUUAGAGAGGAAUGUGCUAGUACAAGAUUCGGUUAAUAAAAUGGUAACUCAUUACUCUACUAAAGAGCAAAAUCCAAAUAGUAGUAUCUACAAACAUUGCACAGUUGAAGAAGUUAAAAAUCCAUGUUAUAUUAAUGAUACUCCAAGCUGCUAUGCUAAUUUAAGUGAACAAAGAUAUGAUACAUUUUCUAAUGAUAACAAUGAAACAGUAUACAUUAAUUCAAAUUAUCAUGAGAAUUAUUUAUAUUCGAACCGAUAUAAUCAGAUAGCUACUUCUGAAGAUGAUCCUUUUACCAAUGAUAGCAAUGAUUUUUCGCUGACUAAAAUCAAAGAAUUGUUGAAUAACAAGCUUAAAGAUAUAAUGAUAACCAAUUUGAAUACAAAAAAUAUUAUAUCCGAUAAUAUAGUAAUUUUAAAUCAAAAGAUACCUGAAAGAGAAAGUCUUCUAUUUUUUAAAAACAAUGAUCUACAUGUUAUAGAAUCUUCUCAUACAAAUUUCAAAAAUGAAGUAAAGAAUUAUCUGAAGAAACAUGAUUCUAAAAGAAGGAACAGACGGGCACCGGAGAGAUUGAAUUUGAUAAGAUUUUCUAAAGUUUCUUGGCCAGAUAAUUUGUUUGGCGAAUACAAUUCACAAAGUAAUUUCAGUGAAAAUAAUAGCUUCGAUAGUGUGAAUACAUCCAGCUCAUGGAAAAGUUUGAAUGGCAUUACCUUAAAGGUAAAAAAUUCAAUACCCUUAAAAAAAAAUCUUGAGCAAACUUGGGUUGAAUACGAUGAAGAUAAUGAAAAUUUUGAACAUGAGACAUCGCGAAAUUAUAUAGGAUUUUCUCCAAAAUCAGGACCACCAUUCACUGAAAAAGUGCCUAUAAAUAGAGACAAACUAAUCGAUGAAAGUGUUGUUCCUAAUAGCAGUAUAUUGAGUAUUAUAAACUCAAUUGAUAAAUCAGCCGUAAUAAUCCAAAAAGAUUUAUAUAUAACUGAUCAAAUCAUACAGAAAAUUCAGAAAGAAGAAGAAAAGAACAAAGAAAUGGAUAAAAACAAAUUAGAAACUAGUGAAAAUAAAAAUUAUGUUAUGUAUUUAGGUGCACCAACUGUUAAGAAUGGAGCGGUCACAUUAUCUCUUGCAGGUUUAACUACUGGCACCAAUGAAUUAUCUUUGAGUAAUAGGCACCAAUCUCAUAAAUAUUUAUUAAGUAGUAAAAAUGUCCAUGUAAGUCAAACACAAAACAAUGGAUUAAAUAAUGAUUCAUCAACUUCUGUGACAGUUAAGUCUGUAAAUAAUGAUGGAAAAAUAUCAUUGAACAUGUCAUAUGAACCGAAUAAACUAGUUCCAAUGUUCAGUUUUUUUUCAAAUGACCAAAGCGUUGAAGAAAAUGUAGGAGUAAAUAAUAUAAAUAAGACCUUGGAUAAUAUAAACAAUAACCCAUCAAGACAAUCUAGCAUCAGUCAAUUGCAUCAUACAAGUGAAAAUAAUUUACCUGACAAUAACUAUCAACUGUCAAAUGAAAGUGGAAACCGAUUAAAAGUAUUGGAAAGAGGAAUAACAAAUAAAUGUGAAAACAAAUCUUCAAAAACUUUUCAUACAAGUGAAAAUAAUUUACCAGACAAUAACUAUCAACUAUCAAAUGAAAGUGGAAACCGAUUAAAAGUAUUGGAAAGAGGAAUAACAAAUAAAUGUGAAAACAAAUCUUCAAAAACUUUUCAUACAAGUGAAGAUACUUUACCAGACAAUAACUAUCAACUAUCAAAUGAAAAUGGAAACCGAUUAAAAGUAUUGGAAAGAGGAAUAACAAAUAAAUGUGAAAACAAAUCUUCAAAAACUUUUCGUACAAGUGAAAAUAAUUUACCAGACAAUAACUAUCAACUAUCAAAUGAAAGUGGAAACCGAUUAAAAGUAUUGGAAAGAGGAAUAACAAAUAAAUGUGAAAACAAAUCUUCAAAAACUUUUAAAGAAGAAUCAAGAUAUACAAUACCUGAUAAUAGACCAUUGGAAGAUAAAUCAGCUGUUGAGAAUAUGGGGACAUUUUCUAGAGAAAUUGAUGUUAAUAAAUCUAAUAAUUUACAAGAUGAGAUUCAUAAAUUAUUAGUGAUUAGCAAUGAACGAAUAAAAAAAUUAGAAACAGAAUUGUCAAAUCUGAAAAUACAUAAUGAGUGUGAAAAAAAAAAUUCAUCACAAAAAUUAUCCGAUGUUCAGAAAUUAUUGGAAACUUUGUUAAAUGAAUACAGUUUAAAGAGGGAAGCAUCUGUUUCUAAUGAGCUAAAUAAUAAAUCUGAAAUAAAGCAUUCUCAUACAUCUAAACCAGAUGCUGACCAAAUAGCUCAGCAUAUUGGCCGAGCUGUUGCAGAAUCUUUGGAAACUUGGCUGAAUUAUAAUAUUCCAAAGAAAGAAAUAACUUCCUCUGAUGAAUCGAGAAGUGAAUCCAAAAUUCAGACAGAACCAGAUAUUCUUAAAGCAGAGGAUACUUUGAACACAGAGGAAACAUUGUUAAAUGAUAACUUUUUAAAGACAGAAAUGUAUAAUGCAAAUUAUUCUGAUGAAGGAAUAAUACAGAUGGACAGUCACGCUAAUCAUAAUAACAUUAAUGAAAAUUCUGAAGACAAUUAUUAUCAUUCAUCAAAUACUAUCAAUAAUGAGCUAGAGUUUACCGAAAAUGAUUUUCCAAAACAGGAAGAAAUAAUUCACGAAUCUGAAAAAAAACAUUCAGAAAUUUCUGAUGAAGAACCUACCUUGAUAAAGAAAGAAUCGUCUGACAUAAAUUAUCCUGUUGAGAUUCAUGAAUCUUUUUUUAAUUCAAAUACUAAUGAAACUAGCUUGAAGAAUAAAAAUUUAUCUAAUGAUAACAUAAAAGAAUCUAAUAAUAAAUCUCAAUAUACCUUGACAGAUUGUGGCCCUACUUCUAAGUUGUAUUCGUUAAAAUGCUCAAAUGAAAAUGGCAAUGAAUCCAUCACUAAUAAAGAAGACAUUAUGGAACAUAGAGGAUCCAUUAAAAAAGAAGGCAGCUUUUAUGAAAAGAGAAAGAAAUACCUUGCCAAUAUGAACUCAUCAGCAAAGGAAAGUCAUGUACAAGUCCUAUAUAAGCAUAAUAAUAAUUCAAACUUAUGUAUUACAUCCAAUAAUACAUCAAAAGAACCUCUAACCAUGAAAAGUGAUGAUCUAAAUCCACCAGAUUUCAGGUACCCAGUUUCAUGUACCUCAGGAAAAGGUUCAUUCGGUGGCAGAAAAAAAGAAGAAGAUUUGUAUAAAUUUGUUCCAAUUAAGAAAAAGAUUGAUAGUUCAAACACAAAUAAUUCAUCUGUUGACCGUGUUAGAAAAACGACAAUCUCUUCAAUAGAAAAAAAUGAUUUCACUGAUAUUAGCAUUUCAGAAGUUCAAACAUAUGUAGAUUCUCGUUUACCUAUUCCAUUUUCCACUGAAACUUUUUUUCAGAUCUUUGGAACAAAUCAGUCAUUAAGAGACCAUUCAUCUUUCAUGGAUGUGGCUAAAUUUAAAUUGUCUUCGCCAAAUAGAAUGACAGAUCAACAUUCAAAUCUAAAUGUAAUGGCAAAACUCGAUGAUAUUCAAAAAAGUGUUCAAUAUUUGAAUAUUCUUACUAUGAAUUCAAAAUUAUUACAGAGUAAAGAUGAAGUAUUUAAAAAUGGAACCCUCAUCUCUUCAAAAGAAGUGUCCGCAAGCCCUGCUAACAAACAGAGAAGUGUUAAAGAUAGUACAAAAGAAAAAAUACAAUACAGUAAAAUUGAAAGUCCACAUAUUACAAAUAAGAAAGAGCAAACUAUUAAUUUAGGAAAUGUAUCAAAUUUCAUUCCAAAGUUUUCAUUAAAAAUGUUUAAAAACAAUAAUUUAACAGUUAAAGCUCAUAAUUUGAAACAAAUAGGCCAACAGAACUGGGGAAGUGAAAAGAAUAAAAAUAAUCAAGAGAUAAGAAUACAAAUUUCUGAAAUAAAAAAGCAAGAUGAAAAAAGAUCAUCGAAGAAGGAUGAAAAGAGUUUACUGGUUGUAAAACCGAAGAAGGAAAAUAUCAAAGAAAUUAAAGUAGAUAUUAAGAAACGUGGGAUUCAAAAGGUGGGAUUAACUGGUAUCAAAGUAUCAAAAGGCAAAUAUGUCGAUCUUUUUAGCUUCGAUAAAAAUGAAAAAAAAAAUAAGCCAAAUGUACAAGGUCAUAAGAAGGGUGUUUAUGAUCAUAGGGCACUUUCCAAACGAGAUAGGAAAAUAUUAAGAGAAAUCACUAAAGAAAUACCAAAAAAAAAGUUGAAAGGGAAAAGCAAUAGGAAACGACCUAUAAGGCCUAUUACUAGCAGAAAAGCUGGAAAAGAAAUUGCAAAAUCAUUGGUUAAAAAAACUGAAAAUGUGGCAAGUAACAUAACAUUACCUAAAAAAGAUGGUGAAUCAGUGAACAAAACUGUCGUCUCAAACGCUGAUUUAUCGAAUAAACAAAAACUAUUACCACCAGGAAAACAUGGCCCAGAGGAAAAAGAGGUACAGAAAAGUUAUACAGAUAAAAUUGAGAUUAGAACCCAUAAAAUUAUUCCAAGAGUAGGUCGGAAAAAAGAAGAAAAUAAAAACUUGUUGAAAUCUGAGGGUAGAAAAUCACAAGUUAUAAUACAUGACAAAACUGUUGAAAAAAUAAAAAUUUCUGAAGCGAAUUCAACCAAUACUGAUAAGUAUAAUGUAUCAAAAUUAGAAAAUUCAAAGCAACAUAUAAAGACUGAAAAAUUUUCAAUAAAAAAUGCUGAAUCAAGAAAUAUUAAAAGUGAUGUAGGCAAUAUUGACAUAACUAGUAGGAGACCGUUAUGCCAAACCUAUGUUGCAACUGAAACAUACGUAAAUCAACCAGAAAAAAUACAUCAGAUUCCAGAAAAAAUAUUUACAAGUAAAAAAAUACAUAAAAAGAUUCCAACACCACCAAAAGUCACAAUAUUAGAAAAUAUUAAAACUAACAAUGAAGAUAAUAAUGAAACCUUAAAAAUACAUGAAGGUUUCAAAGAAGAUUUGAUAAGAAAGUCACAGAAAAAAAUUGAAAAUAACACUAAUAUAGAUUUUAGAGUAAGAACGCCUAAGCUAAGGAAUCCAAAAUCUAAGGUCACAAUGUUUAAAAGUAAACAAGAACCAAUGCCGAUGCUUGUAAAAGAUAAAAAGAACUCUGAAAUUAAAAAUAAACACCUUAUUCAAAAAAUGCAUCAAACAAAUAAAUUAGAUCAGAAAAAUUUCAAUGAAAUUAGAACAUCAAAGAUAACGAGUACAGUAAAUAAAGGAGCUUCAGUACAAAAUAUGAAGGCAGAUGAACUUUACAAAGUUAAACAAUCACAAUCAAAGUCAAAAACUCCAGAUAUUAUAAAUAUUAAACCACCCGAAAAAGUAGCAAAGGUGACAGAGAAACCGCGGGAAAGUGAGCAGCUGAAAAUAGUUGCUACUGAUAAAUUAAAAUAUCCAAAGGAAACUGCAAUUGAAGAGAAGGCACCUAAGAUUGGUCUACCAGAAAUUAAGAACAGGACACACUUCCCAAUGUUUCUAAUUGAUGUUGAUAAAAUGUCCAAAGAAAUCAAACCAGAGUUGGACUUCAGAAAUUGUCAAAAAUGUCAAGUAGCUCAUGACAAAAUAAUAGAAUUCCCAUUGCAUAAUCAAGAAAAGAAAUUAUUAUUUAAACCACCAUUUAAAAUUCUUAAUCUUGGCCCAAAUAAUGAUCCUACGCUACGUAAUGAAUUGAAGUUUUUCCCAUCUGUAACAAAGGUUAUGAAUUUAACUAUUCCAGAAAACUCUCGUGAAACUUUAAGAGAAUGGAGGAAGAGUAUGAUUAAUGAACUUGGAGAAAACGGUUUCAAAUCAUUUUACAAAGCUGAAUUAAUAAAUGGAAAUAAAUUCAAUUGGAUGCUUCAUAAUUUUCUGUUAAAUGGUGACCAGUAUAAAAUAGACUCAAGUCCGAAUUUAAGCUUGAAGAGCAUAGAAAAAGUUUUUAGAAGAACUUCAGAUUUGAGUGCCAUUAACAGCCAUGUUAUUCACAGAAAAUUAGCCUACAGGGGUGUCAUCGACUGUGUGGCUAAGUAUCAAAAUAAACCUGUGUUAAUUGAAUGGAAACGACUAGAAAAUCCUCAGGUGGAAGUAACAAAUACAUCCAUUGAUGUAGCUGCAACACAAUUGUCUGCUUACAUAGGAGCUCUCAACUAUGAUGAUACUUAUAAAUUUCAGAUAUCUGGAGGGUUACUAGUGUUGGCAUACAAUGAUGGAAGUGAUGCUGAAGUAAUUGAAAUUAAUAAUGAACAGUGCAAUAAGCACUGGAAAAUAUGGCUAAAAAGACUACAAUUAUAUCAUGAAAUGUCUAGAAAAAAAGCAAUGUGAAUGUGUUAGAAAAUUGUUCCAUUUGCCGAUAGAGCUGUAAAAUAAACUGUUAUAGAAUAGUGUCAUUAUUUAUUUGAAGAAUGCUUAAUAAAUAAAAUAAUCCAGAAAACUAGCCUCUUUAAAAUACUUAUAUUGACGAUAUAUGCGCAGCAUGUUUUCAAAGAUUAUAAUACAGCUACAGAGGGUUUUUGCUGGGCCAGGGGAGAAGGCGGGGAAUUAUGUGGCAUCAAAAGUCCCACCAGGCUACGGGAUUUGAACUCGUAAUUAUUUUUCUAUCUCAAACUUAAGUUAUCAGGUUGCCGGGCAAUGCACGGUGCUGUACACACAGGUUAGACCUCUCGGCCACCCUGCCUCCGCGGUUUUCUACAAUCUUAGAAUUAAUUAUAAAUAUAUAUUUAACUUAAUUAUACAUUGCUGUGAUUUAAAAUUUAAUUUAUCUAUUUUGUUAGCGUGCUCUCUCGGUCACAAUAGUUUUGUUUUUACUUUUUCCGACAUUUCUCCCACAGACCUUAUUACUGUCAUAAUGAAAUCGUGUUCCAAUUCCGUAGGCCCAGAUGGCAUUCCUAUCAAACUAAUAAAAUUAUGUCUCACUGAAAUCCUCCCAGCACUCCUUUUCAUCUACAAUUUCUUCCUGCAGAAUUCAAUAUUCCCGACCUCUUGGAAAAAAGCCAUUGUCCUUCCUUUAAACAAAAAGCCUAAUCCAUCCUCUCCCGAAGAUUUCCGCCCAAUAUCAAUCCUUUCCAAUUUUUCGAAACCCCUAGAAAGGUUAGUGCAAUCCCAAGUUUCCAAUUUCCUUGAACAAUCCAACCAACUCGAUCCUCUCCAAUCUGGCUUCCGUCCUGGCUACUCUACACAAUCUGCUCUGAUUAAAAUUACCAGUGAUAUUCAGACUGCAAUAGAUGACAAAAAACUAACCAUACUUAUACUUCUUGAUUUCUCCAAAGCUUUCUAUUAUCCAUUCCAUCCUUUUCAACAAAUUAAAAUCAUUAUCCUUCUCUAAUAGUUCCAUCUCUUGGUUCCAGUCUUUUCUCUCACAACGAACCCAAGCAGUUUCCAUACCUAAUCAACCUCUAUCUACCUACCUUCCUUUAUCCUCUGGAGUUGCACAGGGUUCAAGCAUGUCUUUCAGCUCUUAUAUUAAUGACCUAAAUGAUUCAAUUAUCCAUUGUUCCCACCACCUUUAUGCUGACGAUUCUCAAAUCUAUUUAUCCUUUUCUCCCGCUGAGUUAUUGGUGGCAUGUGCCAAAAUUCAAGAUUUAGAUUGAAUUGCCUGGGCCAACUUAAAUGGAUUAAGGCUAAAUGCUGCCAAAACUCAGGCCAUUCUCAUUGGUUCCAAGCCCCUCCUUAGAUCCCACACCUACUUUCCCUCACUCUAUCUAAACAACCACCCCAUCACCUUCUAUCCCUUUGUUAAAAAUUUAGGCUUUCUCAUAGAUCAAACCCUUUCCUGGAAUCACCAUAUCUCUCAUAUAUCCCGCCGUGCAAUUUCUACCCUCAAACUAUUCCAUCACUUCCGCCAUCUUCUACCCCAAAAUACCCGUAGAUUCCUAGUUUCCUCUCUCAUCUUUCCCCACUUUGACUACAGCUGUGUUGUGUACGAUGGCCUCUCAGUGGAACUCCGUGAUAGACUCAAAAGACUUAUGAAUAGCUUCGUAAGAUUUGUAAUUGGGACCCCGAGACACUCCCGUGUCUCCCACCACUUCCCCUCCUUAAGAAGACAAUAUUUCCUAGGCACUUUCCUUUAUCAAAUCAUUACUGAUCAUCGUCCUUCUUAUGCCUACAACCUUCUCCAAUUUAAGUCCUCAAUCCAUUCCCUCACUACAAGAUCUCGACCCUCUGACCUAUACAUCCCUUCUCAUAGAUCUGCCUCAUUCCAAAAUUCCUUUAUAGCCCGCUCUGUCAACUUUUGGAAUUCCCUCCCGAUCAAAAUUCGACAUGCCCCUUCGCUAUACACAUUCAAAAACCUCCUAUUCCAAAAACAGUCAGAUACCAGCUAAUUAUUAAUAUUAUAUAUGUAUUGUGCAGCAAUCAUAUAAUCAUAAUACUUGGUAAGAGAUAGUAUAGUACAUGCAUUUCCUACUAUCAACGUAGGAAUUUCAAUACAUACAUUUUUUUUUUUUAUUCAAUUAUUUAUGAAAUGAACUCAUUCUAUCUCUUUUUCGUUCUUCAUUUCUCAAAGUGUAUGUUUAUGUUGUUCAACCCUUAUAUAUAGUUUUGUUCAUAGUUCAAGUGAUUCAUUUAUAGUUUUAAUUGUUUUGUUCAUAAUUUUAAAUGCUCUGUACAUAGUUUUAUCUGUAUUGUAUAUAGCAUGUGCACCUAAGGUUUUCUUAACUUUUUAUUUUAUUUUAUCAAUUUUAUUUAUUGUUUCAAACGUUUAGGCCAGUAAUAUUCUAUUAUUUUGUACAUUAUUGUUAUUCUGAAGGGACUUAGUCCCAGAAUAAAGUAUUUUUUCUAUCUAUCUAUCGAUAUGAAAAAUGGAAAAGGAAAUGA